AUGUCUGAACAAAGAACUAUCCUGAUAACGGGCUGCUCUGAUGGCAGUCUUGGUUCGGCCCUAGCGCUGGCUCUCAUCAAGGAAGGGUGGCGCGUACUCGCAGCAAGCCGAAACCUCUCCAAGCUAAAGGCGGUCCAGGAUGUCGGCAUCGAGUGUAUACAAAUGGACGUCAUCUCGACUGAAUCGAUUACAAACGCCGCAGAGGAGGUCAAGAAGCUCACCGGCGGUUCCCUCAACGCCCUGGUUAACAACGCCGGUAUUGGACACAGCAUGCCCAUUCUUGAUGUCGACAUCGACAAGGCCCGCGAUCUUUUCGACCUCAACGUCUUCUCUAUCAUUCGAGUAACCAAGAUCUUUCUACCACUGUUGCGCAAGUCUUCUCAUCAACCUCUACUUAUCAACAAUACCUCAGCCGUCGGACUAUUAGGUGCCGGUGUUCCGUUCCAGGGCGCUUAUGCUGCUUCGAAAGCAGCAGCAGUCAGCUUGACCGAGAGUCUCAGACUUGAGCUUGAUCCUUUCGGCAUUCGUGUCAUUGAUCUUCUCACUGGUGGCGUCAAGUCCACAUUCUUUGUCAACGCUCCUCACGCAGAGCUACCAAAGGACUCGAUAUAUAACCCCGCCAAGGAAGCGAUUGAGUCAUCGAUGGCUGGUAAUGAGCCGGGGCUUGUUAAGGAAGAUAUUACGACGUGGGCGAAGCAUGUUGCCGGUGAUCUCAGUCAGCGCAAGGUGCCAUAUCUGGUCUCUCGGGGCGGCACGGCGGGAACAGCGAGGCAUCUCAUUAGUCAUCUGCCGACCGGUCUGUUGGAUAGUAUGAUAAAGCCAGCGGGAGGCAUCGAUGUUUUGGAGCGCAAAUUGAAGGAGCAAAAGGAUAGUGUCAAGACUGAUUAA